CUGUAGUGCCCACGCAGUCAGGAAAUCCGAGCGCCUCACGUAUAGUGAAUAGUUCCGCUCCGGUUCUCUUCUCGUCCUUACCUGCUCACGGCCCGUCACCUCCGCAUCAUCAGCUUUAACACUAAAGGUCGUCAUGGUGGUUCUCUCCAAGGAGUACGGCUAUGUGGUGCUCACAGGCGUGGCCAGUAUGGUGAUGGUAGGACACCUGGCUAUGAAAGUCGGACGGGCUCGCAAGAAGUACAACAUCGAUUACCCGCAGAUGUAUAGCGAUCACCCAGAACACGGGCAUAUCUUCAACUGCAUCCAGCGGGCACACCAAAACACACUGGAGAUAUAUCCCAACUUCCUCUUCUGUCUGACUAUAGGAGGCUUGCAUUGUCCGCGCCUGGCUAGCGGUCUUGGGAUGGUGUGGAUCAUUGGCCGAGAGGUGUACGCCUACGGCUACUCCACCGGAGAUCCUAAGAAGAGGAUGUGGGGGGCCUUCGGGAACCUCGCCCUGCUGGGCAUGAUGAUGAGCUCCAUGCGCUUCGGCUGCCAGCUGCUGGGGUGGGGCCCGCGCGGCUUCGGCUGCAGGGGCUACGAAUGAGCACCAGUUACACCAGCAGUUAUACCAGCAGUACCAACAGACCCCCAUGUCUGCUCUCCCCACUCUACUGGCGGGAGGACUCCAGCUACAGUAGAAAAUAAAAAUAUAUAGAAUAUAUAUUCUAUAUAUAUGUUUUUUGAAUGUAAUUCCUUGAAGCAAUGUUCACAUUUAUUUGGCUUGUUCAGGAGCAACAUGCAGCAUUGAGUCUAGCUUGAUGAGUUUAUGCGUAUCAUGUGGCCCUCUGUAUGUCUGACGGUAUAGCAACCGCUGUCUUAUGGUAACAGAACACCUUGAAAUGAGAUGGAGUACAAUCAAUCAUGAUAAUAAAAACAAACUCCAGAUUAACUUUACCUUCCUUCACUUAUCCAUCGCCUUUACUAAUCAAUAAUAAUACAAAAAUAAUUAAACAAAAAAUGUGGCUAUGAUUGGGACCAACCUGAUAGCCGUACAGAUAGGUAAAAACCUGACCAAAUGGAUUGAUGUCGAAUGCAGAGCGGAGCAUGUCUGCUAUGAUGUGUGCUAAAGCGCGUGUUGGUUUGUCAGAGUUUGGAUUGACCAGGCAGCCGUUGGUCCACGAUUGUUCUCAGUGUGGCGAGGGUGUGGUUCUCUGGGUAGCUUUCCAUUGUCUUCUUGUUUAAACACGUUGAUUUCUAGAUGGAUGUUUUGAAAAAAAGGAAACAUCGAGGCCAAAGGACGUUUGCAAAACAGGUUUCAUUAACAGACUUAAUAAAACAAACUCAAAGUA